GUGAAGACAAUGGACAAGGGAGAGGAAAACGCUGCCAGUAAGGAAAAAGCUCACGUUCUCAUGGAAAAUGGGAGAAGUGAUACAGAGGAAUAUCUUCCAGAGCUGGAGAGAAAAGAGAAAGAAACCGAAGAUGUCAUCAAAAAUAUCCAGUGGACCACAGGCAACAACUUCACAGUGGAGAGAGGAUGGCAGCAGAUUGAAGAAUACAUUUCUGAAGAAGAACUGAAGUACAGCAAGAGGUACCAUUACAGGGUUUGCUGGAGCGUCCCAACACGCAGAAAACCCAUCCCACGAGCAACAGCAAGUGUUUACUUUGUUAUCGAGAUCUCCAAAAUCAAACCUGCUACCUUGCCCGUGGAGGUAUUCUUCACUCUGGAGUCCAGCAGGCUGAUUCACAGGGAUUCCUUGCAGAUGGUGAACAAAUCAUCCAAGAAAACCUGA